GUGUCGAUAAAGACGCCUAGCGAGUUUCAAUCAAAACAAAGCACCAAACGUGUGCUUCACUAAUCUAGUGCCGGAUUGAAGUGAAAAGAAUAGGAUAAUCCUGCUUAAAAAAAAUUGUUUAAAUUAUCAAAAAAGUGUCACUAUGAAGUCGACAAAGAUUGCAGAUGUGGUCAGUGUUCAAAGCGAUCGAGAUAAUCCCAUUUUAAUGAGCUUCCAGAAUGCCGAGAUGGGUUACAAAACCGACAGCCAAGUGCACUGCUUCCGAGCCGAAGACAUGGAUCGGACUUCCGCCGAAGAACCGACCCCGUCCCGGAUGGCAGUGCUCAUAAGCGACCAGCAAGCGUACCGUGGCUAUGUAGGUGAAAAUCUCCCAUCCGACCUGAUGAACACCUACGUGGCCAUCAGGAACAAACGCACCGGCAAGAUGCGCCUCAUCCAGCUGGAGGAGUGCACCAUGCUCAAUUCUUGCUACGACGACAACAAGAACAAAUUCCAAGAGGAGGAGAGCUCGCUCACGUUGAUGCGCAAGUUCGGCGGCAAGAUGGCCAUUCGGGCCCUGGAGCGCAUCGAACGCUCCAGCAGCAACAUCGACGUGAUGAGCGAAUCCAUUGAGCACACGGUCACCAAGUACGACGACGAUCAGUUCACCGAGGACAAGGCCUUUGCCAAGAUGAAGGUCGAAGGCGAGCUGAUCCUGGCCAGUAUGAAGCCGCCACGCAAUCCCGAGGCAAAAACGCCCGCCGAGGUGUACCGUCUGCAGGAUAUGCUCUCGAAGAUGGUUUUGGACAAUCUACGAACUGUUGGGCUGGGACUGCUGGAGAAGGAACCAGAGACACUGGAGUUUGCCAACGUCUACCUGACCAACAAGGUGAAGGCGGCCCUGCAGUCCAAGGAACCGGACUCGGACGAAAACGUACGUACGCUACAGAUUUGUCUGUACAUGGACGCCCUAUGCCGUCUAUUGGGGUCUCACGGUAGCAACUUCGAUAAGAUUUCCUGUUCGCCAUUCUCCAACGAUCUUUAUCGGGAGAUCAAGCAGAACUUCUCCCAGGUGAAUCAGCACAAGCCGACCAAGACCAAAUAUACCGUUCAUAAGGCCCUAACUUACUACCUGGCGCUGGCCUUUAUGCUGGAGAAUGGUGUGCUGAACGUGGACCAGGUACACGGCGGGCUUAACAUUACCAAGAACGAUCUGUUGAAGUUUGCGGCAUUCGUCGGGGGAUCGUACAACUCGGUGAAGAACUCGUUGACGCUGAGGAUGACCGAGAGUAGCAGCGCCGGGCGGUCUUCGUUCGGGGGUAGGAAGCGUUUCGGUAAGAGGAAAUAGUGGGGGAUGUGUUUCUGUUGUUAUAUUCAAUAAAUUAAUGAAUUAUAAGUAUUUGAAAUU